GUGGCUCUGCCUGCGUGACCUGAGUCCCCGUCCCGAUCGCCGUGGUCUCCCGCCGAAGCGGCCUCUCAGCCAUGGGCGCCGUGUGGUCUGCCUUGCUGGUCGGAGGGGGUCUGGCCGGGGCGCUUUUUAUUUGGCUGCUGCGGGACACGGGAAAGGAGGGGGACGCGGAGCAGGAGAAGGACGCCUCUCCUGGGGAGGCUGCGACUGCGGGAGGCGAUCAGGGUGGCGGCGGCGGCCUGAGCCCUGGACCUUCCAAGCCGGAGUUGGUCACCAAACCAGAGCAUCUGCAAGAAAGCAAUGGAUGUUUGAUUUCAGAGACCAAAGGCCCUGGCAGCCUGCAGGCAGCAGCGUGCAGACGGCAGAGUCCUUCGGGAGAAGAUGGUGACUGUGUCAGUCCAAGAGACCAUGUUCCUUCUGGACAGUUUCCAGAGACAGAAUCUCUAACUACAUCUGAGACUGGGCACUCCAAGGGUUACUCAAGAAAUGAGAGGUUUGAAUCUCCUAGAGAAGAACGGGGAUUUCAAAAAGGACAAGAGACGCCUGCUAAAGCAGCUCCAUGUUUUGCAGGGAAGUUGCCUUCUAGCAACCUGGUCACGGAUAGAGCUAAAGAAGAUGUGAGCCGUGCGCAGCUGGACCAUCAGACCCCGGCUGACCACGAGGACUGGGAAAUGGUGUCCAGGCACUCAUCUUGGGGAGAUGUUGGUUUGGGUGGCAGUCUUAAGGCUCCAGUGUUAAACCCAAACCAAGGAAUGGACUAUGGCAGAAGCACUCUUGUGGAUGCAAGAGGUCAGGAAAUGGAUGUGAAACAAAAAAGGGUAGUAGCAAUGUCUUCAGAGUCUCGGCAAGUUAGUGUCAGGUUCCAGGUCCAUUAUGUAACAAGUACUGGUGUGCAGUUCAUUGCAGUCACUGGAGACCAUGAGAGUCUUGGGAGAUGGAACACUUACAUCCCACUCCAGGGUAGCAAGGAUGGGUUCUGGUCUCACUCAGUGUCCCUGCCAGCAGAUACGGUGGUGGAAUGGAAGUUUGUGGUGGUAGAGAAUGGAGAAGUUACCCGCUGGGAAGAAUGCAGCAAUAGGUUCCUAGAGACUGGCCAUGAAGAUAAAGUGGUUCACAAGUGGUGGGGGAUUCCCUGACUCAGUUUGCAAAGCAUUGGAGAGGCUGUUGCAGAAUGUGGAAGAGGCUAAGGCUGCGGAGCACUUGAAUAACUUAAAAUAAAAGAAGUGUAACCCCAAAUUUAGCCAUCAGAGUUGUUUCAAAUUUGCUAGUGGCUUUUGUCUAAUGUGUAGAAAUAUAUAUCGUAGAUAAUACUUCCAGUGAGUAUGGACUUUUUUUCCUGUGGCCUUGAUGGAUGGAUUUAUGCUGAUCCAUUAUUACUUUAGGGCUUGGUCCUGUUGGGGAGUAACUUGGCUAAGUUUCAGGUGUGGACUGGUCAGGGAGCACAGAAACGAACCAGUUGCACAGGGUUCAAGCUUGAGCCUUUGGGUGAUUCUUCAACCAAGGGGGUGAAACAAGCCUCCUUCAAAGAGAGCUGAUUUCCUAUUGGUACAGCUGGAGAAACGCUCUCUUUACUACAUGCACACUUUCUAUUUAAAAAUAGUUAACACCAUAUGGAACUGUGAUCAGAAAACAUCUGGUCACUGGAUGUGAUUAGCAAGGAUAUGAGGUAAGGCAUUAAAAGUUCCCAAUGUUUUCCACUUGAUUUUACCUGCCAGGUAUGGUUUGAAGGUAGCAGGUAUGUCUUUGUUUUAACGAUUAAGAGCUGAAUCAGAGUCGGUCAUCAGGAACAGCCCACGAGGAAUGGAAGGAGAAUGGGGUUAAGGUGUGUGCUGAGUGAGGUGGCCUGAGUGGUACCUGCUGGAGGCUGGCAGGUGUGGGUUCAGCCUGAUGGCAGGGAGGGACACACACAUCAUUUACUCCAGGGGCUUUCAUAGGACGUUCUCCGCACUGCCCCUCCCCUCUCACCCCAGGUCUGACUGACAGGUGGACUGUCCCAUAGCAAUCGUCUCACCCUCUCCCCUCCCCUUUCAUCCCAAUGGCUCUCCUGGGUAACAAAAUUCUAACAGGACAGUGCUAGAGAAGUACAUCUUUGCUCUGAGAAGAAAUAAACAUUUAAACUUUGUUAUUAUAACUGAACAAAUAAUAAAACCUGAGUUUUAAUAUCUUUA